AUGCAUCGCCACCUCCCCCUGGCCCUCCUGGCUGCCGUCGCCGCCGUCGUGGCAGCCCCGACGCUGACGUCCGCACCCACGGCCACGGCCACCAACGCCUGGAUCUCCGUCGGCAGCGACGGCUCUGCCCAUACCAUCACGGCCGAGCCGACGUCGACAGACUCGCACGCAGAAGGGACCGGCAGCACCACCAACACCCUGCCCGAGGCCACGGCCACCAACGGCGCCGGCGCCUUUCCCGUCUGCCAGAACACCGCCGGCGCACAGGCGCCGUUCUGUGCUCCUUCGGACGGCAGCACGCUCAACCCGGGCGGGACAUACUACAUCACUUGGGAUCCGACCUACUUCGCCUCCACGCCAAACACAUCCGUCGUCAUCACCGGAAACCUCUUCAACGCCUCGACCGGCGCAAUUGUCCAGCAGGCCUUUUCCUCCGGAACGCUCGCCGCCGGCUGGUCCUUUUAUGCCUGGUCCGUCGACGCAUCCCUGCUCAAGGGUGCCGGCUCUGCUGGUGUCAACGUCAGCCUGUCCAUGGUCUACCUGACCGGCAGCAGCAGCCAGGCUAACACGUCCGCGUCUGUGUCCUCGUCCCAAUCCGCCGUUGUCCAGGGCCCCGUCGUCACCGUGGCCAAGCCAUCUGCCGCCCUCCCUGAGCUCACCAAGGCGCCCACCGGCCCAGCCCUGUACAUUGGCCUUCCCGCCGUGUUCGGCUUCAUCAUCGUCGUGCUGGCCGGUACCUUUCUCUGGAACCGCCAUCAUCGCCACAUCGGUCUCGGCAACGUCAUGAGCCGCUCGCGCUUUGGACCACUGGGCAGCCGCAGCGGUUACGGCAUCCGCAAGUCGCGGCGCCAACGUGCUGCCGUCGGCGCCAUCAACCUCGACAGCAAAGAUACUGUCGACCUCGGGAAUCGCUUCCACGGCCGCGUCGAUAGUGGCAGCGGCAGCACGUCCCACCGGCCGGCCGACCGACUGCGCCGUGACAGCGACCUCCUCGGCAGCCUGGCCGGCACGCCGACCGAAGAUCGCUUCAACGACGACGUCUACCACCCAAACACUACUCACACCGGCAGCUCCACCACCGGAAACGCCUUCCGCGAUGAGCUGGCUAGACAGCAGCGGUCCGGCUGA